CUUCCUCCUCUUCCUCCUCCUUCCUCUGCGAGACGCGACGCGCGCUGAGCUUUUCCCAACUCGGACUCCGACCGAAGCGCGAACGAUGAGUUCCUAUUUCGUCAACUCUCUUUUCUCCAAGUACAAAAGCGGGGACUCGCUACGCCCCAACUACUACGAGUGCGGCUUCGCGCAGGACCUCGCCGGCAGCCGGCCCACGGUGGUGUACGGGCCGGGCUCGGGCGCCACCUUCCAACACGCCCCGCAGAUCCAGGACUUCUACCACCACGGCGCCUCGACGCUGCCCAGCAAUCCGUACCAGCAGAGCCCCUGCGCGGUGACGUGCCACGGCGAGCCCGGGAACUUCUACGGAUACGACGCCCUGCAGAGGCAGACGCUCUUCGGCGCCCAGGACGCGGAUUUGGUCCAGUACAGCGACUGCAAGCUGGGAGGCGCGCCGGGGCUCGGCAGCGAAGACGCGGAGGGAACCGAGCAGAGUCCUUCGCCCACGCAACUCUUCCCCUGGAUGAGGCCGCAAGUAGCUGCCGGCAGGAGGCGAGGCCGGCAAACGUACAGCCGCUACCAGACUUUGGAGCUGGAGAAGGAGUUCCUGUUCAACCCCUACCUGACCCGGAAGCGCCGCAUCGAGGUGUCGCACGCGCUGGCGCUGACGGAGCGGCAGGUGAAGAUCUGGUUCCAGAACCGCAGGAUGAAGUGGAAGAAGGAGAACAACAAGGACAAGUUCCCCAGCAGCAAGAGCGAACAGGAGGCGGUGGAGCGGGAGAGAAGGGAGAAGGAGCUCCGGGAGGGUGGGGCCGGUGGAGGAGGAGGCGGGGGAGGAGGAGGAGGAGGAGGUGAGGCAGGAGGCGGAGGAGGAGGUCUGGGUCCGGUGGCGGGAACAGCUGCUUCACAGGCCAACCUCAGCGACGACUGCUGCGACAAAACUCACAAGCAGAUUUAGGAGGAUGCUGGAGCGCUGCAGGUGGGACGCCGUGGACAAGAUGGGACGCUUCUGGCUGAGGUUCUGCUGUCUCCACCUUUCAAGCCACGGGACGCAACGUCUGUCUCCAAAACGGCGGCCGGCCAUCUGAAAGGACUCCGGAGGCUGUUUGGGCUGUUUCCUGCUGACUUGAAGGAAAUCAAAAGAUGGAAAUGAAAAAAAAAGUCAUCCAAUGAGGGCGGGAUUCAUCAAUCCCACAUUUAGGCUGUGUCUCAAAUGGAAUACUUCCGUCAGUGCACUUCAAUCAGUACACUAUGUACACUGCAUCCUUAGUUGCUUUGACCGCGCUGCUCCAAUUCCACUACUCUCCUUGAUCAUUGCAAUAUUUCUCUCCUUUUUAAUGGAGAAUUGCAACCACUCCAGUUGGUCCCUCCCCUUCCGCUACGUAGCCAAGAUGGCUACUAGCAAGUGUCCAUCACAGCACGCUCGCUGUUUGGGUUGAACACCCG